GUGACAGCCGCUAUGAGUCAUAACCUCAGGACCGGGUGAAGCUCGUUACCUGCGUGCCGACACACCUGCACUUAAAGAUUUUGGGGAAACGGGACGCAGAAAAAAGCCGACAAGGAGGUCGAGACACCCUGGAAAAAACCCAGCCGGCGACCAAGUCCAGCUGGCAAACUGAGCAGACAGCAGGGGAAAAACCGAGGACGCAGUGAAGGCCACUGAGGUAGCCGGUCCAGACACCGCUUGAUCAUGGGUAACCAGACUGGCAGAGACAGCCACGGGACUACAGAUUCUCCUUUAGAUUUCUACCACACGCCUCCUACCACGCCCUCAGAGGCAGAGCUGACUGCCAUGGCCUUAUCCUCUGCAGCUUCCUCCAGUAAGGCACAGACGCCAUCACCAACCGGCUCCGCCAGCCCCUCCAUCGCCUCUCCACUUGCAGACUGGACACAGAAACUGUCUGCUCCCUCCGAAUGGGCUGUGAUAAGCAUAGACAGCGUCACCUCAGAGACGAAUGUGAGCGACGCAGCAGUGAGGCAUGGGGAGGCAGCGGGCAGCCCGGGCAGCCUGACGUUCCUGCCUCCAUCCAGAGGAUCGCCUUCCGAGCAGAGCUGGCAGGAGCGGGAUAGUGGACUGGAACCGCAGGCUGCAGCAGAGCGAGUCGGAGAGGAGAUGACCCUGGUUUUAUUCAGUCUGAUGGAGCACUACAGGAGCUCACUAGACCUGAGCCCCAACACUGAUGUAACCACUGGAGCAGUAGAGCUGCUCAGGCGCUUGAUCACAGAGAGGGACGAGCUGGUUGAGGAGGUGGACACACUUGGGGAGACACUGAGGACGGAGAGGUCGGAGUGGCAUCAAUUCCAGUGUGACCUGCAGGUCGCGGUGUCCGUGGCCGACCGGCUGCGGGUCGAGUCGGAACAGGCUCUGGGUUUGUUCCAGGAGAGCCACAGAGCCGUGGAAGAGCGGCUGGCUCACGCGCUCAGCAGAGAGCAGGAGAAGGAGGGAGAGCUGGAGAGACUUAGGGCCGAGCACAGAGACGUCUGCUGCAAGCUUUCUGAACUCGCCCUGCAGCCGGAGCGAGCCGAGCUGGACGCUCUGAGUGGUGCAGCCGACUGUGAUGAACGGGCAGAGCGACGACACUCUGAGGACGGGCAUCGGGAGGACAUGCAGGAAGUUGUGGAGGAAAAAUCUGGGCAAGUUGAAACCGACACUGAAGUUACAAAUGUCGAAAAGAAGGAGAAUGAAACCAAUCAAGAGCCGGAUGAUCAAGUUGUGGGUCAUGAUCCCGAGGCGCCAUCGGGGAGCAUGCAGCUGAGCGGGAAAGGGGUGGCGGAGGGAUACCUUCGUAGUUUGGCUAUGCUGGAGAAGAGAAAAGAUGGGAGGGAUCCAAGGAGGAUUGUGAUGUUAUCUGAAAGAUCUUGGAGUCUCUCUCGUCUUCCACUCCCAACCGACUCUUCCGGUGAAAAUGAGACCUCAAAAAACAUGAGCACAACUCUGCCGCUAUGCAAGAAGGAAGAGCUACCGAGAAGGAUGGACCGUAUUUUACAGCGGCAGGACAGCUGGUCCAGCUUUCACACAGGAAAACCGGAUGAGGAUCAAAGCUCCGAAUCCAUCAAACCUCAGGAUGGUUUCAGUGCUCUGCUGAGGCGUCAUGGCGGCUCCAGAAGAAACUCUCUGCUGCGCUGGUGCCAGAGUCGUACCCAAGGUUCUAAGAAUAUUGAGAUCACAAACUUCAGCAGCAGCUGGGAUGACGGUUUGGCGUUCUGCGCCAUUUAUCACACGUAUUUGCCAACUCUCAUCCCAUACGACAACCUCAACCCGGCAGACAAGAAGGAAAAUCUGGACCUUGCUUUUAAGACGGGAGAGAGAGUGGGAAUCGUUGCCACACUGACAUCGGGGGAGAUGAUGAAGGCAGACGGACCGGACUGGCAGCAAGUCCUCGGUUAUGUCGAAAGCAUUUUCCGUCACUUUGAGAUGUGAAGUCCUUUUCUCUUGUGUUGGUCUUCAUCCCGGUUCUUUUCCAUCAUCUUUGUGGCUCAAGGACAUAAACGCUGUCCUCCACCAGAGGGAGGUCUACUCUUAAUUUUAACAGGCAGGAUUUGAAACGUGGCAAUAUUAAGCUUUAUGAAGUGUUUCUAUGUCUCAAUACAGCGUCCUUCACAUAGACCCUAAACCUUGGGAGUAUUUCUAUUUUUCUACAUGCCAUCCAUUCAGAUACAAAUAGCUGCUGUGUGAUGAUGCACAAGAAGACACUUAAAAAUGAUAAAUGCAUGCUGAACAAUCACUGUCACGUUGGGUGCUGGGUGCACUGAUUUUACCUUUUGAAGAUUGAUGAGCACUUUAUGAUUAAUUUGCGCUGUAUUUUUAUGUGGAUUUUAGAAUUCGACACUUAAGUUUUAUUUAGCUUAAUUUAUAGUAAUUUUAUCAUGAACAUCUCCUGCUUCAUGUCUGAAUGCACCCAAACCUAAAAAAACAAAAACUAAGAAAGGGGGCAGACAUGAACCCCGAUUUUAUUUGUUGGAAUGGUGAUGUUUUAACCUUAAACACUUUAGAAUCCGUCAGGAAAUGGAAAUGUCUAAGCGCUUUAAUAUUUUCCAAAAACAUGGU